CAACAAGAACACUGAAAGCAAGAUUGUUUCAUUGUGAUCGGGCAGUUCACCGAAAGAGAGUAAGAUGGCCAGAUUAGUACAACCUCCUCCGAAAUACACUCCAGAAGAAUGGCAUGCUUCAAACCAUCUACAGUAUUUUAAUGCUGAACACGAGCGAGCGGCAGCUGAAAGGCUUCGAGAUGAAAGCUUUCGGCUUGCCCAUGAAACAGAAGUACGAACAAGACAGACUCAACUAGACGUGAACAAGAAGCUUGAACAACGAAUCACAGAUAUAAAUUUCUGGAAAUCGGAGUUGGAUCAAAAGCAGGAGGAAACAGAAGAUGAAAUCUCGACUAUGCUUCGGUUUAAGGCAAGACUAGAGCGAGCUUUAGCCGACACAGAAUUGCCGCUAAUGAUCGCCCAACAAUGUCUUGCCAACCGGGAAAGGAGAAUGAAGGUGGAUCUUGUCCACGACAAUGUAGAAAUGCAGCUCUUAAAGGUACUAGCGCUUGUCUUUUUGUUCUGCUAAUAGUCUCCGUUUCUUCACUGAAAAUACUGGAUAUUUUUUAAUCAAGAAUUUCCCAAUAAUUUCUUUUCACUUCACCAUUUUACAUAGGAAGUAGAAGUCAUUGAAGGCGUCCAAGCUUUAUUACAGAGGACUCUCGAACAAGCCACAGAGCAAAUUAGGUGAGCCUGCAGAGUGAUUUUUUGAAUUUUAAAAUAGCUAGAGGGAAGUGCUUUUUAAGAAAAAAAAGCUUUGUGAUGAGAUCAGAAGUGAGUUAUUUGGUUAAAUAUUUGUUUUCUUUGCCAGAAAGUGAAUGAUUAAGGAAAUGUUUGGUUACCAAGCAAGCUGAUCUGCUCAUAGAUUGGAUAAUAAAGCUCGCGUUUUUUUCCCUCCUCAAACGUUUAUGAAACAGAUCUCCCACAACAGGUUUAGCCACAGGCAAACACAAACAGUAACAACGACGACAGUGAUACAAGAAUUGUAAUAAUAGAAUAAAUAUUUUUAUCCUGUUUUAUUUGUGUUAUUGUUAUGAUUUGUGUCGAGCUUUCAUGAAAUAGCCCACAGACUCAAACCUGUUACAGUUGAACCUCUGCGUCCAUUAAGUGGCCACCCUCAGGGACCAGCAAGUGGCUGCUUCAUGGAGGUUGGCCACAUAGGUUUGUCAUAAACUGGGUCAUGAAUUAGCGUUAUCUUUAGUAGAAACAUCACUAAAUUUUUAAGCAAACAUGCGAUGGGGCCAGCAUUACUAGUCCACAAUUGGUCAUCAUUUUUUAUCAUGGACUAUUUUCCUUCAUCAUAUUCUUAAAAUAAAGCCAACCAUAGUCUGUCAGUAUUGCUUGAUGGCCGCUUAAUAGAGGUGACGAAAAUGGGAAAACUCUCAUUGGCACAGCAAAAAGGUGGCUGCGGUCAUUAAAUAGAGGCAGCCACUUGACAGAGGUUUAAUCUCCCAUUCUUUUCUACAAAAGUUUCAGGACUUUGAUUACUGGCCACUAAAUGGAGGGUGGCUGCUUAAUCGAGGUUCAACUUUAUCAUGUUAGAAGAGGUAGUAUGGUCUCUGACUGUAUACCCUUAUGAAAACCUGGAUGAGGAUCCAUUUUUACCAUAAUAACUACAACGAAAAAAGAGACACCCAAAGAGGCUGAUACCUGGUCUCCCCUGUUGUGGAAGCCACUCUGGGCUCAACACCUGUUGGGAAUCCCUCUUCCUGUUAUAAUAUAUAUAAACUGAUCAACCAUAAAGAGAAUCCAACGGAACUGUCUUAAAGGAAAGGGGAGUCAAUCUGCUCAUGUACAGAGGAAUUUGUGUCCCAGGGCUUGUUUUCCUUAAAGUAGUUUUACCUUACCAUUUUUAAAGAGUUACUUCAAUGAUUAAUUUUUCUUGUUUAACUUUUUUGCUCCAAAACAGGCUUUUAAGAUCAGCCAAAUAUUAUCUAGAAAAAGACAGAAAGGAUAAAUUCAAGGCCCAUGGUAUCGACAAUACAUGUGCUUCACUAGAGAACACUUCUCCUGGACUACGAUUUUCCAAGGAUGCAGUGAAAGUUGAAAAAAAGUAAGGUGGUAUUGACUUUAGGGCUGUCUGUAUAUUGAUAUUGAGAAGGACUUUUACCUUAAAGUUUUUAAAGUUACCUUGAGCUUGUUGGUUUGGAUUAGAAAGCUACUGAGUCAGUAAUUUAAUUACUGUUUCAGGGCUCGAAGUAAUUUUUGAACGGGAGGCCAGACACAAGACUGGCUGAAGAAAUGUUUGCUUGUCAAAGUUUCAUUUUCUGACCAGUCAAAAUAUAUUGGGAAAAAAGUUAACUAAUCCUUGUGAAAUUUUCUAUCUGUAUUUUUACAAAGAGACAAAAUCUUAGAUUUACAGGUGAGGACUCAGGUUUGAUUCUGUUUGUUCACGAAUGAGAGUGUGCAUUGCUAGUCAACAUGACCGGCGAGUGAAAUUUUUGGCCGGACAUUAGUUACCAUUCUGGCUAGACAUAGUCUGUUCAUAGGCCGUUAUUUUGAGCUCGGUAGUGAUGUAACAAAAUAUAGCAGCACCAAAAUCCUGGGGAGGUGAGAAUGGGGCUUCAGAGUUCUGAACUAGAGGUUCAGGGACAGGGUUUCAAACCUUUAGUUCAUGUAACACCCUGCCCAAAUAUUGAUUAAGAAAGCCUCACCCCCUGGGGUUGAAAUAAGCUGCGGAUGUGAAUUUAAGAAUUUGCACCCUUAGCUUAUCAUCAUAUGGAUGUUGUGUCUUUAGAAAUUUAUUCACUGUUAAAGCACUGAUGAUCACAAGAGUGUUAAUUUCACAGCUAAGAGUAUAUAUUUUUAAUAUAUUUUUGUCUUAUUGUCUUGCGUGCAUAAUGGCGAUAAUGACUUAAGCUGUCAAAGUGAAAGUGAUUGAUAAACUAAGAUUUUUUGAAAGUCCUGACAGGUUUGUUGUGUCAUUUUCAGUUCUGUAGCACCAGAUGAAUGGGAAGAUUUUUCAAACAAGAACAUUCUUAAGGCAGAGCGUGAGAAGAACUCAGCCAUCAAUCUACGCAGUAUAAUAGAUGGUAUUCUGAUGGAGACAUUGAGUGAUCUUCAGGCCCAGUGUGAAGCUGUCAAUCUUGCUUUCCAGAAGCGCAUUGAAGAAACUAGUGAGGCGAAGACAAAAUUAGAGAAACAUUUAGAAAAGGUGGGUCUUGGGUAUCAUUUUCUUUUAAGGUGCUUUUGGCUCUAGGAAGAGAUCAAAAUACUGGAUCUUCAGUUUAACAUUCUGCCCCUUUUUUACAUUAUUUUGUGGGUACAUUCUGCCAUUCCACCUCCUUUUAACAUCAAACACUGCACUUGAUUGCCACAUACAAGUUCUUUUCCAAACAAAAAUCUUCAAAACAGGGGUGGGUCCAAAAAUUCAGAAAGGGGAGGCCAGGACACUCGGUAAAAUAAAGAUACUCUUUAUUUUACCAAGAAUUCUUUAAAAAUAAAUUAUAGAAAAUUUUACAGAAAAAGGGGUGACUGCAGUCCACUCGACUGAACUCAAAAUCUGUCCAUGCAAACUACAUCAUACUGUUAAAAUUCUCAAAUAAUAGAUGCUAACUGGAUUUUAAAACUUUUUCCCUCUUUGUACCAAACCUUAGAAGGAUGACUUAAAAAGAAGACUUAGGUUUCCUUGUGUCUUCAAAAAGGAGAUUGCAACAAUUGUUAUCAUUAUUUUGGUCUGGCUUCUCUGUCAAAUGUAGAAAAAAUAGAGGGGAAAAAGCUCCUGGCAGUUUCUUUGUGUAUAGUGAAUGGUGUGAUCAAAGUUAAUAAAACAUUUUUGAAAAGUAAAGUCAACAAUGCAUGUACCACAAUAUAAUAGUUGAGCAACAAUAAUUAAUACGGUAAGAAAUACCCAUAGCUUCAGACAGUGUUCAUUAAAUGAUGCGAAGAUCACAUGCAAAAGAAUUGGCCUUUUGGAGCAAAAUAAAAGUCAGCAUAGGCUAUUAGUCCUCAUUCCUUCAAAUUACAUAAGGUUGCCAUGGUAGCAAAAUUUCUGGAUCUCAACAACCCAGUCCCAGAAAGGAAUGACAGAAAUGGCCUCAGUCAAGAAAGUUUGUUGACAUCCACAGAUUUUGCUACAACAGGGCUGUUAACCCCCACGUCUUCAAAUAUUGAGAAUUGAUGGGAAAGGGAUGAUAGAUGAUGUCAUAAUGCACGGCACAUGAUGUCAUUUGUGACAAAAAACCUGUGAAAAAAGAUGUUGUUGGAAUUGUAACAUUUGACCUUAUUGGUUUACUUCCCACCAAUCACAUUAUUGCUUAUAUUACAAAAGCAUACCAGAGUUUGUGAGGAAACGUUUGAUGUUAAGAGUACAAUAGCCCAAAUAAGGCAAAAUAUGUGAAAUUUCAUCGUCAGAAAGUCGAAUCUACAGGAAAUUGCAAACUUUGGCGAUUAUCCGGGAGGUUUCAGACUCUAAUCUGGAGACCGGUAGAAACGGUUCAAAAUCUGGAGCCUUCCGGAUUAUCUGGGAGAGUUGACAGCCUUGCCACCAGGGUAAUGUGAUGUCACACUUCUCCUCUCUAUUAUGCUAUAAAUGCUAUGAAAUUCAGCUCGCAGUCACUAAAAAAUUUUUUAUUGAAUAACCAGGUCAUGGAGGAAAUUGCUGCCAUGGAGCAGAACAUCGCAAUGCUUAAGAAAGCCAUAGCUAAUAAAGAGGCCCCGAUGAAAGUCUCACAGACACGCCUGGACAACAGAACCUUUAGACCUAAUGUGGAGCUGUGCAGAGAUCGUGUGCAGUAUCGCCUGAUAGAAGAAGUCUUUGAAAUCUCAACCAACAUUGAAAGGUUACAGGAGAAGCUUGCUGAUGCAGAGGCAUCACUCAAGGGACUUAUCAGAAAGCAGCUUUCAUUGGAGGAAGACAUCGAAGUGAAAGCCAAUAGUUUGUUCAUUGACCAAGAUCAGUGCAUGGAACUCCGCAAACAGAUUAAUCAUGUUUCACAUUAAUAAAGUAAUUCAGAAGAAUAGCAAUUUACUGAAGUCUUUAAGUCUAAAUUGGGUCUCAGAAUUUUGUAAUGAUUUAAUUUUCAAGUAAAACUGUUUGAACUGGGUUUUUAAUCUGUUCUUUUAUCAUCCUUGUGUUGGUUGCUUUUGCUUUGAAAACAUUUUGGAAACUAUUUUUGUUUUGAACCUGAUUAUGUAUAGCCACUCUAAUGUCAAAAUAAUUUUAAUCUUUUGAAGGUUAUUAACUGAAUCUUUAGGAAGAACAAAAAAUGUCGCGUAAAAAGCUCUGUAGUAAUAUUCAUAAGACAAUGUUAUUUUCAAUUAUUACUGUAUUCUGUAAAUAAUGUACCAUGCUUAAUAAAAUCCACUGAAUAAACAUUACAAGCUUAUUGU